AUGCCGCACUUGAGUGCGCCUGUCUUAUCUGCAGCCUGCAACGAGGCAGGGCACACAGCCCUCCUGGUGGUGCUAGGGGGUGCCAAAGCCAAUCCUCUUCGCUGCUGCACCGCCCAAGUGGAUAAGUGCCUGACCUUGCGCCGCUUGCGAAGCUUGCGCCGCUUGCGCCAGUGUGCCUGCGACGCAGUGGGGAAUUUCUGGAGGCGGGACAUCAAGGCGAAGUGUUGCGAACGCUUGGCACUCAAAGUGUGUGGAGCGACCUCACUGGCCGACCUCACCGAUGAGGAUUGCUGA